UCCUCUUGCUUGCUCCCCGGUUGGGCAGGCCAAGCCGCGGCGGCGGAACAUGGCCUUGCCGCUGGAGCUUCCUGUCACGCAGCAGGUCGGCAGAGCGCUGGGCCCUGACCUGCCGCCGGAGCCGGGGGAACUGCGGGAGGCCGCUCGCUGCCUGGUGCUGGACGCAAACGGGAGGAGCAUCCCCUUUAAGGCCCUGUACAGGGAGCACAAAGCAAUCGUGUUGUUCGUGCGGAAUUUUUUAUGUUACACCUGUAAGGAGUAUGUAGAAGACCUGGCAAAAGUCCCCAAGGCAUUUUUAAAUGAGGCAAAUGUGAGGCUUAUUGUUAUUGGACAGUCAUCUUAUCGUCACAUCAAGCCCUUUUGCCAUUUGACUGGGUAUACACAUGAAAUGUAUGUAGAUCCAGAAAGGGAAAUUUAUAAAACUCUUGGCAUGAAAAGAGGUGAAGGUAUCAAUGCAACAGUGCAGAGCCCUCACGUGAAAUCAAACAUGCUCCUGGGAAGCAUUAAGAGUAUGUGGAGAGCAAUGACUGGGCCAGCUUUUGAUUUUCAAGGAGACCCUGCUCAGCAAGGAGGAGCUUUGAUAUUAGGUCCAGAGAUGGCACAAAGUUGACCACAGCUCCACAGAAACUGACAGGAGUGCUGACAGAACAACUGCCUUGAAGUAUGGAGAGGCUUUUUGGACAUCAUGUUGUUCACCUACAUUCUCUUAUCAUAUUUGAUUCAAUGGCAUUUAGUGUGUUUCUAGUAGAGGAAUGGUGCAUGACCGGGGUGGCCUGCAACAUGAGAAAGUCAUUGCAUGAUUAGGAAGCACCAUGCUACAGCAUGGUGCCUCAAUGUUCUUUGAUUCUCUAAGUUAAUUACAUUUUUUUUUAAAUCCUUGUCAUUGUUUAAAAUACAGAAUGUUGUGUGAUCUAUAAAGCUAAUACACAUUUGUACAAGAAACAUUAGAAAUCAGAAUGUUUCUUUGAUUCCCUUCUGCCUUUGAAUAAAUAAAUAUU